CAGCCUGCCUCCGGGCCUGCUGCCGGCCUGGGUGAAUUCCACCAAGGAGGUCUAGGGGGAUACCACUGGCCAGAAAAAGGGCUUCUUGUUGGGGAUCCUGACUGUUCCCAGGCCCCCAGUUAUGGCCCUUCCCCAACCUCUGGGCUCCAGACUCAACUCAGAGCCCCUCAACCACCCCCCUGGAGCCCCUAGGGAACUGGACACUGUUGGCUGCCCAAACUGUCCUGUGUCUGGAGAGGAGAGAAUCAGAUUGCCAACACCCUCUUCCCAUGAGGACCCAGCUGGGGGCAAACACUAUGAGGUCCUCAGGCUUGGCUCUACUGGGAAGGACUCCAGGUGGGGACAGUCUUGGUACAGACCUAGAGAUGGACUCUGCUGCAGAGAAGCAUCCAGAAGGCAGGAGCCUGCAGAAGAGCACCCCAUCUCUGGCCGAGAGGUACUGGAGGCUGAGCAAGACAGCCUAUACCUUUGCCUUAUGGGGCUUGGCCUCUGGCUGCAGGACCUAGAGCAAGGCCUGGCGUGCUGGGCAUCAGCCCAGAGUAGGAUGAUCCAGCUGCAGGCACUACAGGCAGACCUACAUGGGGCAGCUGAGUGUGUAGAUGCAGUGCUGGCAUUCGGUGAGGGGCUGGCACAGUGGAGUGAGCCUCAGGCCCGAGCAUCCCUGGAGCAGGUCCUGAGGGCCCUCGGAGCUCACCGAGACAGCAUCUUCCGGCAGCUGUGGCGGCUGCAGGCCCAGCUGGUCAGCUACAGCCUGGUGUUCGAGGAGGCCACCACCUUGGACCAGGACUUGGAGGUUGAAGGAGACUCAGAUGGGCCAGGACCUGGUGGGGCCUGGGGGCCCUGGACACCCAGUAGCCUCCCCACUCCUGCAGAGUUGGAGUGGGACCCAGCUGGGGACGUUGGGGGCUUUGGGCCCUUGGGGCGAAAAACAGCCUGGACACCAGGGGCUCCCUGUGAGCUGUGUGGCCACAGGGACCCUCAGGGCAGGGGACAAGGCCUGGAGGACAUGCUCAUGUCAGGCCUCAGCUACCGGAAGCACUUAGUGGGUCACCAAAGACACUCCUUGCUCCAGAAGUCUAAGGACAAGAGGCAGACAUCUCCCAGUCUCCAAGAUGUGUCGCUGGAGGUAGACCCUGGAACCCCUGCUCCUGUAUCCAGGUGGCCCCUCAGCUUCCUCCUCCUCCUCCUCCUCUUCCUUAUCCUGGUGGGUGCCUCAGUGCUCCUGCCCCCAUCAGGGGGCUCCUGCUGCUGUCCCACCAGACAGACCAGGACACCUUACCUGGUACUCAACUAUGUCAAUGGCCCCCCUCCAAUCUGACUACACAGCCCCGACAUAUGUAAUAAAUGGUCACUGCC